AUGGGAAAAAUCACCUUCUACUGCAACAUCUGCGGUGGGCCACUGUCCUGCUAUGAUCUCCGAAAGGCUUCCACCGCCUGGGAAGGCGAAGACCGAAGCCUUUGUUACGAUGAUGAGUGUAACUGCGGGGCUCAGACCAGACAAGAGGCCGAAGACGAUGAGGACGGAGAAGAUGACGAGAACUCUACCGUGGAAUGUGGACACGAUAGUUAUUGCGCAUCCCUCAUGGGAUACAGCAGGGAUUUGGUAUCUGAGAAGGAUAUCAUGUGGCUAGAGAAAGUGAGAAUGCUGCGUCCUAGGGAUUGCAGGAGUGACAAGCACAAUCGAAUGCAGGACGAUGACGAUGCAUACUAUCUCACUGAAAUUGGCACCUAUGAUCCGUGGUAUGGACUCACAGUCCCUGGCGAAAAGACAGGUAGCAGCGAUAGAACGCUAUGGGCCAAUCUGGAUGGCUUUUUUCUACAUGAUACCUGCUGGCAGAUGCUUCAACUUGUACAUCAAACUGUGGGUUCGAGCUCGCAGCCAUUGGGCCCGCGCCGGGUGUAUCUCGCUAUGCAGGCUCGAUUAAAGCAUACCAUGGACAAUUCCAUCGACUGGGAGGACAGUAGAGUCUAUGGUGGUACGGAGGACUUUCAAGCGCAAGAGUGGGAAGCGGAGCCAGGGUAUGAGUGGCUAGUUGCGGACCCGUUGAAGCCAGUCGACACCUCUGAUCUCAUUUCUGCCUCAAAGUGUUCGAACCCAGGCUCAUCGAAUGCAAUUGUAAACGUGGGUGCGUUAGAAUUGUCUGGUGUAGAUCCAUUGUCAAGUCUACCGUGGGACCUCCGCUACAGGGUGUUGCAGAUGCUUCCAUCGCCGUCCGUCAUCAAUCUGGUCAUUGCCAGUACCGCAUUUCGUGGAGCUGCACGGGCCUUACCCGAUCACUUCUGGAGGUUACGUCUGGGCUACGAUUGCCCAUGGAUCGACCAAGACUCAGUUCGGCAAAACCUUGCCCAAGCAGCUGGGCAGGUUAAUUACAAGGAUCUGAUUCGUCUCAUCAAGGAAGCUGCAGCAGGGCCAGGAGACGGAGAGAACGAAACACAGGAUAGCUGGUUGAACCUGAAAAAUCGCCGUCGGAUCUGGACCUGCUGCGAGGUUAUCCUCGAGAAGUUGGAAAAGGAAGCAAAAUUGAGGGUCCCGUCUUAA